AUGACUACUGUGAUGAUAACAUCCGAAAUGGAUGCGGCUCUGGCCUUGUUGGACUUACACAGGAAUAAUUAUGAGAGAGUCAAUUCCCACCCUAUGGCCAAUAUGGAUGGGCAAGUUCAUAUUGCAACAAUUUUCAAUAGUUUCGUAAAUUCCAAGACUUCGCUUUCACCGAGUAGCAGCCCUAACCCUAGAACAACCGCUGAGCGAAAAUCGUGGAAGGUGUCGCCAGGAAGGAAAAGUCGAAACACCAGUCCAGUACCAAAGAAGAUAACAACAUACGAUAUAGCAACCCAAACGGAUAUCGACGAAGAUAACGAACCUGAAAUAGAAAAAAUGAGAAAUGUUAUUAAAGGUUUAUGUGCCAGAAUAGAAGAACUAGAAGCGAAACUCAAAACCAAAGAGCAAGAGACUUCUUCAGUUACGGACUCAUUAGAACGAAUUACUGAUUAUUCGAGUGAUGACUUCAGACCACAGCAGAGGAGGCGAUCGCAUAAGCGAAAAAGAAAUUCGACAGUCACCACAGACUUCAGUUCAAUAGGAGAUUACGAUUCUACAUUAAAUAAAGAUGAAGAUACUAUAGACAACGAUGUAAAGCGAAUAAAAGCUUGGACGCCGAAAAAUACUGUUAAAACUAAUAAAGACAAGGUGCCUAUUGGAGACGGAAACGCUGUGGUCCCAGCCAGGCUUCUUAAGCAUAUGGAUUGGACUUCAUACACAAAUGCAACAAGGAAACUACUAACUGCAGUUUUUUCGAGAAAAGUACUGGCGACCCACUCAUUAACUGGAAAACCUUCACCAGCAUUUCCAAACAAACCUGCUAAAAAGAAGCUUGAUCCAAUGCUAGUUAAUGACAUUGUGCAGACGGUCGUAGAAAAAUGUUGCGUCCCCGAAAAUGUUGUCAGGACCAGUAUCACAACAAAGUGUGCGGACGAAAGUAAAAUGUUCCGCACACGAGAACAAAAUAUAAAGAAAAAACCCUCAAAAAAAGAAAACAUCACCCCUGAUGAUGAAUCAGAAUUGACAAUGACUACUGUGAUGAUAACAUCCGAAAUGGAUGCGGCUCUGGCCUUGUUGGACUUACACAGAAAUAAUAAUGAGAGAGUCAAUUCCCACCCUAUGGCCAAUAUGGAUGGGCAAGUUCAUAUUGCAACAAUUUUCAAUAGUUUCGUAAAUUCCAAGACUUCGCAUUCACCUAGUACUAGUCCUAACCCUAGAACAACCGCUGAGCGAAAAUCGUGGAAGAUGUCGCCAGGAAGGAAAAGUCGAAAAACCAGUCCAGUACCAAAGAAGAUAACAACAUACGAUAUAGCAACCCAAACGGAUAUCGACGUAGAUAACGAAUCUGAAAUAGAAAAAAUGAGAAAUGUUAUUAAAGGUUUAUGUGCCAGAAUAGAAGAACUAGAAGCGAAACUCAAAACCAAAGAGCAAGAGACUUCUUCAGUUACGGACUCAUUAGAACGAAUUACUGAUUAUUCGAGUGAUGACUUCAGACCACAGCAGAGGAGGCGAUCGCAUAAGCGAAAAAGAAAUUUGACAUUCACCACAGACUUCAGUUCAAUUGGAGAUUACGAUUCUACAUUUAAUAAAGAUGAAGAUACUAUAGAGAACGAUGUAAAGCGAAUAAAAGCUUCGACGCAGAAAAAUACUGUUAAAAAUAAUGAACACAAGGUGCCUAUUGGAGACGGAAACGCUGUGGUCCCAGCCAGGCUUCUUAGGCAUAUGGAUUGGACUUCAUACACAAAUGCAACAAGGAAACUACUAACUGCAGUAUUUUCGAGAAAAGUACUGGCGACCCACUCAUUAACUGGAAAACCUUCACCAGCAUUUCCAGACAAACCUGCUAAGAAGAAGCUAGAUCCAAUGCUAGUAAAUGACAUUGUGCAGACGGUCGUAGAAAAAUGUUGCGUCGCCCAAAAUGUUGUCAGGACCAGUAUCACAACAAAGUGUGCGGACGAAAGUAAAAUGUUCCGCACACGAGAACAAAAUAAAACGAAGAAGAAGACCUUAACAAAAGAAAACAUCACCCCUGAUGAUGAAUCAGGAGAAUCUUUUUAA